GUACUCCCAGCUUUCAAAAACAAUGAGCUUCACCGCCUUUGCUCUUUUUUUGCUCAUUUCCCUCGGACAUUUGUCAGCUCUUCCGAGACCGGGUCCAGUGAUUGGUGUGAACACAGCUUGCACUGGAGAAUCCAUUUUAUCAUUCUGCAAACCAGAAAACCAUUACUGUCUGAGAUCCGCCUGCAGUCAAUGUAUCUUCCGUGACCCUUUCAACCCAUUUGCCAACUUCUGUGCCCGCCUGACCGACUGUGUUUGUUCCAUCAGCAACGAUCCAUAUUGCGAGAAGAAAAUCGAGGCCACCUGCUAUUGAUUUAUUGAUUUUUUGUCUACGUUUUCAUUGAUUUUUCUCUCGUAUUGAUCUCUUGUAACUUCUGAAGUGAGCUAAUAAAACUGAAAUGUGUU